AUGGGCAAGUCACAAAUCACCCAAGCUGCAGUGGCCACCCUGGUAACCCAUGUCACUUGGAAAAAGGUGAAAACAACCAGGGGAUCCAAAGAAAAGAUGGACAAGUUUACUCCAAGAAAGAAGGCAAGAUAUGCAACUGGCCAAAGCAACGAAUCACCUACUAGGGCAGGAUCUUCAAGCAUCCAGGAACCCAAUUUAGUCCAGGGUAAUGAUGCUGACCUAUAUUGCUACAUGGAUGAUGCAUCACCACUGAGGACAUCAAGAAUUCCAAAAAGCCAGGUGUACAUUAUCAAACAUCCUGGUGUUGGCAAUGUGUGCCUUACAUUACAGAACAGUUAUCUGGAAGAGUGGCUGCCCUAUAAGAGUAGAUACCUGUCUGUGCUCCUGGACAUGGAGGCCCUGCCCAAUGUCAUGGCUUGUUUUGUACAAAAAUGGAAUGGAAGAUUCUUUGAAGACUUCACUCUAUGGCUGGUUGGUUUGGUGCUACACUUGGGCCAUGCCAGAGCACCAUGCCUGGCAGGAGAAGGUUCUUGGGAGGAUGCUUCCAGCCAUGUAGAUGAAGAGUGGGAGGACAUGGAAGAGAGUCAACAACCAGCACAUCUCAACCCACCAGAUGAUAGAAACUAUCUGACAGUUGUGGACACUGGCAGCAUGCACUUUUGCAAUCUUACCAUGGCUGGCCUAUUCCCAGCUACAACUAAGGCACCAAGGACAGCUUUCACUUUCCAGGUGCUGGAUGACUUCACCAGGGACAAUGCUGAAUGUGGAACCCCUGCCAUGAACUAUUAUAGCAAACUUCAGAGAGUCACCUCAAGCAUGUUUCCUCACCUAGUGCUGUUUGCUAGGACCUUUGUGAUGGAUGGCAACUUCAAGGCCAAGCAUAUGCUGCCCAAGAAUGCUGCCAAAGAGGUCUGGCUCAUGGAUGGAUAUGGCUUCAUGGUCACAUCAGCUCCAUACAAGGAAUAUUUGACCAGGACCAUAAAUCAAAUAGAAAAAUCUGACUGCAAUAACCACUGGGCUGUUAAUCAAGCAAAUGCACAAAGGAAUAAGUUGGAAUCGACCAGGAUUGGUGGAUGUGCCUGUUAUAGCAAGAACUUGGCCCACCAGCUUGAGGAAAAUAGAUAUCUCUCUCUGCCUUCCAGAUUACAGAUUCAGCCCAGCAUUGGACUAUGGCAUGUCCAUGGCCAUCAGACAGAGUGCUUUGCCAGAUAUGCUCCAAACUUUAUUCCAGGUGCUGGCUGGGUGGAUGGUGAAAUCAUGGAGACCCUCUGGUCUUCUCUCAACAUAAUCUCACCAUCAGCCCAGGGAAUGGCAACAGCACACCAUCAGGAGUUGCUGGACUUCCAAAUGAAUGAUACAUCAGCAUUGAAAUGGAAGUUCAAGGUUGCCAAGCAGUCAUUAGCAACAAUCCAAGAUAAAUUCAAUGAGUUGGAUAGCAAGGUACCAGAUGGCUUGUUUCAGUUAUGGGUGGAACAAGAACUUGUGGCACAGUCAUGCUGGCAGAAUAUUUUGAAGGAUGCUGUAGGUAUCUACAGGACAUCAAAUACUCUGCAGGCCAUGGACAUAUAUGAAGUCCAGCUGGAGAAGGCACCCACCAUGAAAGCCAUUGAGAUUGACCUAAUCCAUAACAACCAUUCAUUCAAGCAGCUCAUGAUUGAGCAGGCUCAAAUAGUGCUUGCUAUGGAUACACAACAGAUGGACACCAGGGCAACAGAGGCAGACUGGUUGUCAAUUUUGUGCUGGCAAGACUGGUUGCAAUCACAGAUUGAUGCGCUAGUACAUGGAGCAGCCCAGUUCAAUCAGGAAAUGACUGGCAAGUUAACCCCAGGCAAAGGCCCAGAAUAUUUCCAUGACAUUGGCCUUGGCAGUCUUGUGGAAGUGGGAAUACAUCUGAGACAGGGCCAGGCAAAUGAUGGAUUGCAUGAAUUAUGUCUGGAAAGGAGGGAACUACAAAAUGAUAACCUGGGCAUGGGGGCAGAUAUCCAAUGCAGAGGCAAUGGUUCAGCAGCAUGCUGCCAUCUAUUGCCAGUGCUGAAAGGCAGACCUGACUACCCAAAUGCAAGAGGUCAUUGCAACAACACUCUGGCCUGGUUUUGGACCAUGGACCUUCCCCAGGAUUCUGCCAUGAAUGACAGGGAUGUUGGAAUUUUAUCAAGUCAACAUACCAUUGCAUUGUGGUACCUUCCUGGUGCCAUCACCAAUGAUUUGCAAGCAUCCCUGCAGACACACAUGCUUGCCACUCUGGACCCCCUUCACCACACAAUGUCCAAGAGUAUGACAAGUGGCUCCUGGUGGAAAAAUGCUGAAUAUUUCAAUCAUGCUUCAUGGUCACUGGGGUGCCUGGAGUUUUCCCUGGCCAGGCACCAACAGGGGCAUAUGGUAUGGUUAUAUUACCUCAGGGGCCUGUAUGACACUGGAAGGCAAGCCAUGCAGUCAUUGGACACAUGGUUGAGUCAGCAUAACCAAGAUAUGCAUGAUGCCUUGCAGCACUGGCCAUCAGUUUUUACUAAUGUCUCCAUAAUCUCUAACCAGACCACACCCUUUCACCAGGACCCACACUCAUGGUCCAAUUGGUAUGACAUGCUGGUCAUGGUUGGCAAUUAUGAAGAUUGUGUAUUGGAUAUCCCCACACUCAGCCUUCAGUUCCUUACAACCCCAGCACUGUAG